AUGUUCUUCAUUUCACUGUAUCUUGUGGCAAUUGCCCAAGGUGGCCACAAGCCCUGUGUUCAAGCUUUCGGGGCAGACCAGUUUGAUGCAGAUGAUCCAGUAGAACGUAAAGCCAAGAGCUCAUUCUUCAACUGGUGGUAUUUUGGAAUGUGUGCUGGCCCUACAGUCGGAAUCUUUGUUCUUAGCUACAUUCAAGAUAACCUUAGUUGGGCUCUUGGAUUUGGGAUUCCUUGCAUAAUCAUGGCUUUUGCCCUCAUCGUAUUCUUGAUUGGAACCAUAAAUUACCGAUUUGCAGCAAAAACCGAGGAGAAAAAUGAGGAAGCUUUUGGAAUCUUUGAUCAUCAACGUUCUAAACAAUUCAGAUUUCUCGACAGAGCUUUGUUUAAGGGAUCGAAUGAAGAUGGAACUGUUUGUAAUAUUGACGAAGUGGAAGAAGCAAAGGCAAUUCUUAGACUAGUUCCAAUAUGGGUUAGUUGUUUAGGGUAUGCAAUUGUACUAGCUCAAACUUCAACAUUAUUUACAAAACAAGGAACCACCAUGGACAGGUCAAUCGGGUCAAAUUUCAAGAUUCCAGCAGCCACGCUACAAUCAUUCAUCGGUCUCUCGGUUAUAAUUCUAAUUCCCAUUUAUGACAUCAUCUUGGUUCCUCUUACACGAUCCAUUACAAGGAAACCAUCAGGUAUAACCAUGCUUCAGAGAAUCGGAAUCGGAAUCCUCAUUUCCAUUGUUUCAAUGGUGGUUGCAGCAGUCGUUGAGACAAAAAGACUCGAAACUGCUCGUGAGUAUGGAUUAUUAGAUGAUCCAAAUGCAACGAUUCCAAUGAAGAUAUGGUGGUUAUUGCCUCAAUACCUAUUGGCUGGAGCUGGUGAUGUUUUUACCAUGGUGGGUAUACAGGAAUUCUUCUAUGACCAAGUGCCAAGUGAUCUUAAGAGCAUGGGCCUCGCACUUUACCUGAGUAUCAUAGGGAUUGGUAGCUUCUUAAGCAGCUUUCUGAUCUCGAUUGUUGGGAAAAUGACAGGUGGAAAUGGUGAAGAUGGUUGGAUAUCUGAUAAUGUGAAUCGAGGGCAUAUUGAUUACUUUUACUAUCUUCUUGCGGGAAUUAGUGUGGGGGCGUUUAUGAUGUACAUUUAUGUCGCAAGAUCUUAUGUUUAUACUCGAGAAAGAGGCUUGUGAUGUUGCUGAAUUAAGUGCUUUGGGUUUAGAUUU